AUGACACAAUGGAAAUCUGGAAGAUUCAGCACUAAGGUAACAGACAGCGCCAAGCCAACCGAAGCUGAAAAGGGAUUUCAGCUUGCUCUCAUGCCAACCUACAGAGAAGCCACCCAGAAGAAUGGUGUGUGUAUGGUGGUGGGGGGCGGGGAAUAUGGGUGUGAGUGCGUCUCUAGGUAUCUGGAAUCUUGUAGCAAUAUUUGCUACGGUCCUUAUGAAGCAAGGGGAGAAGAAUUGUCAGAUCGGCAGCUCCGCAGAGGGAAGCAAAGAACAGGUGCUCCCAGGACACUCGAGGCCACUAGGAGGAGCCUGUGGGGAACUUGGGGAGCACAUACGUGCUCGGCUGUGGCCAUCCGCAGCACAACAAGCAUCUCUGGGCAGCGGAAAAACUCAAGGAUGCGCAGGGAUCACAGCUGCCGUCAGCUGACUCCGCUGACUGGCUACUCUGGGGCUGAGAAACAGCUGUUAGGAUGUGGACGUCCAGCUGCUCCCCUCCUGCUGCUGCUCCUCGCUUCCUGGGCGUGCAUCUGCCAAGGUGUUCCCGUAUCACCUUUGGCAAUACAGACAGACAAAGAGUUACAGCUGUGGAACAAGCUAGAUAACGCUUGUUCCAGUUUCCUGUCUGUUGACCCUCAGCCUCAGGUAUCCAGUGAACUGGAAGACCUUUGCUAUAUGAUUAUGGGGAUUUUACCAAAACCACAGGAAUCAGAUGAAAAGGACAAUACCAAAAGGUUCUUAUUUCAUUAUUCUAAGACACAUAAUUCGGGCAACUCAGAUGUUAUGUCGUCUGUCGUCCAUCCUUUGCUGCAGCUCGUUCCUCAACUCCAUGAGAGAAGAAUGAAGAGGUUCAAAGUGGACGAAGAAUUCCAAGGACCUGGAAGAAUGCAAAGUCGGGGUUACUUUUUAUUCAGGCCACGCAAUGGAAGAAGGUCAACAAUUUUCCACUAAAAGGCCUUUGAACUACUUUCAUGUUGAAGGAGUGGUGGUGCAGAGAAUGUUUUUUUUGCUCAAAGAAUAUUCCCUAUUAAUUGUACAAUUGAGAAUUCCCUGGAAUGUAAAUGCAUCCCAAUUAGAUUUAGUUAAGAAUGUAAAUG